UUAAACUUACACCGUCAUGUGUAUUUUAAUUCUAAUGGCGGCUCCGCUAUGCGGCUUGCUGAGGGUUGUCCUGUUCUCUGUGGAUUUCCUUCCGUUCCCGGCCCCCUAAAUAAAACACCAUGUGAACACCUUUCCUUAUCAGCCGAGUACGACGACUCUACCUGGUAUUUUGACUGUGGGGUGGUCUCAACAUUCUUUCCAGGACUAGCUUGGAUUUCGCAUCUUUUCUCCAUGAGACAGCCAAAAGGGUUGUGAUCCGCGUCUCCCAAUAAACAUUUGCGCUCAAAAUAUCGUCGAAAGCUGAGCAGCUUGCAAGUGACGCUUAGCUGCGUCACGUUCGAAGAGCGCAGCCAAUCACUGUUACGACAGCUGUAAACCGUUGCUCAGAUCCUGAAGGUAUUUUCGGCUUUAUUCUGCAGAGUGUCAGUGUUCGUUCUCCUAUC